AUGGAAUGAUGAUGAAACUUAACCAACAGCUCUCCGCCAUAAGUGUAUUGCUCUUCUCCAUAGCGGCAAAUUGCAAAACCCCAAUGCAUGCCGCCUUUCUUAAAACCUACAUUGCAUUUUCCAUUCUUCUCCUUUCCUUUUUAUUUACAUUUUUUUUGUUAAAUAUUCAGCAGAUCUAACAAUAUUUCUAAAAUGCCGUAAAAAAUCAUUCCCAAAGUAACAAAACUAGCUGAGAUUUUGGCUUAAAAAAGAUCCUUAUUCCUUUCCUAGCUAACUGUCUUCACCACUAUAGCAUUUUACCUUCUAAAGCUUGACGAAUAUUUUGCUCUUUUUUUUUUUGGGUUGAAAAAAUGACAAUGAAACUGACCCAGAAAGAAAAAGAUUCAGAAAAAAUACUUUGGGAUCAAAUGAGAAGUUCUACUGUUACACCUUUUUCGAUUAUUGCUUUGCCUAAACUCAUGGUAUGGCUUAUACUUUUUGUAUCAGCUACUUAUGUUGUUUACACUCUUAAGCUUCUUUCCUCUUCUCCACCUUGUAACGACGACGUUUUCACCCACAGCAGCACUAAUAUUUUACCAAUUAUUCACUCACAAAUCAAUUCCAAUGACUCGGUUGUUGUGGAGAAAGCAAGAUUUUUACAAGAAAAGAAAGUGGAGAAAACUGAAUUAGAGCAUGUAGUUUUUGGCAUUGCAGCUUCAGCCAAGCUAUGGAACAAGAGGAAAGAAUAUAUUAAGCUAUGGUGGAAACCCGAGAAGAAAAUGAGAGGGAUCGUUUGGUUAGAUAAUUCAGUAAAAAUGUUGAAAAAUGAAACUGAUUCACUGCCUGAAGUGAGAAUUUCAGGUGACACUUCACAUUAUGCCUAUAAUAACCGGCAGGGGCAUCGGUCGGCGAUUCGAAUAUCGAGGAUUGUUUCAGAGACAUUAAGGUUAGGGAUGGAAAAUGUGAGGUGGUUUGUAAUGGGUGAUGACGACACUGUAUUUGUAACGGAUAAUUUGUUGAGAAUAUUGAAUAAGUAUGAUCAUAAUCAAUAUUAUUAUAUAGGGAGUUUGAGUGAGAGUCAUUUGCAGAAUAUAUAUUUCUCUUAUAGUAUGGCAUAUGGGGGUGGUGGAUUUGCAAUUAGUUAUCCUUUGGCAAAAGCUCUUGAUAAAAUGCAAGAUAGGUGUAUUCAAAGGUAUCCUGGACUUUAUGGUUCUGAUGAUAGAAUGCAAGCUUGUAUGGCUGAACUCGGUGUCCCACUCACCAAAGAACUCGGUUUUCACCAGUACGAUGUGUACGGGAACUUAUUUGGGUUGCUAGCAUCACAUCCUGUAGCACCAUUGGUAUCGUUGCACCAUCUUGAUGUGGUGGAGCCAAUCUUUCCCAAUGUGACUCAAGUGAAGGCUUUGAAGCAGCUUACAGUUCCAAUGAAACUCGACUCAGCUGGUAUUAUGCAGCAAUCCAUUUGCUAUGACAAAGUUAAUAGUUGGACUAUUUCAGUGUCGUGGGGAUUUGCAGUACAAAUAUUUCGUGGAGUUCUGUCUCCCCGUGAAAUAGAAAUGCCAUCAAGGACUUUCUUAAACUGGUAUAGAAGAGCAGAUUACAAAGCAUAUGCUUUUAACACAAGGCCAGUUAUGCGUAACCCGUGUCAAAAGCCUUUUGUAUUUUACAUGUCAAGCGCAAAAAUGGAUUCUUCAGGCAACCAGACUAUGAGUCAGUAUACUCGUCAUCGAGUUCCUCAUCCGCUAUGCAGAUGGAAAAUGGCAAACCCUGCCGAUGUUGAGAGAAUACAAGUUUACAAGAAGCCAGACCCCCACCUAUGGGAUAGGUCUCCAAGGAGGAAUUGUUGCAGAGUUUUAAGCUCAAAGAAGAAAAGCAUGGUGGUGGAUGUGGGUGUCUGUAGGGAAGAUGAAGUCAGUGAAGUAUUAUGAUGCAUAAUGUGUCAGCCCAUCCUAUUAUUCUAUCUUCUGCUGCCCAAUUUACUGUCACCUGUAUUUCUUCAUUAAUUUAUUGAACUUAUUUUCUUGGAUUUCCAAGUUCCACUUAUAGCCACUUGGGGAAAAAAAUUAGCUAUUGUAAAAUGUCUUAGCUGUAUACUUGACAUUCCUAAGUGAGGUUAGUAUAGCAUAGAAUUCUGUAAUUUUUUAAUAAUAUUAAUCCCUUUUCUUGGGUUCCAAGAG